UCCCUUUCCACCAUCAACACCUCUAUUUCUAGUCCUUCAAUUUUUCAAGCCAUAAUCACUAUCCCGGAAAUUCACCUAGAUGAUACAUCGCCCCUAUGUUUAUCACAUCUUACCCUCCUCGUAUAAAUACAUGGCCACCUCGUGUGCACCUUUUUAAUUAUACCCAUCACCCUUCUAUUGCACAAACUAAAGUAAACCAAUUGUGUAUCAAUCAUCAUAAAACAUCAUGCUUAGCGUUAACAACCACGUUUUGAUGAAGGCAAAAGGGCAGAGCAAAAGGAACCACAAAAGGGACCUCAAAGUCACUUAUAUCUCAAGCCCCGUGAAGGUGGAGACUAGUGCCUCCAACUUCAGAGCACUCGUGCAGGAACUCACGGGCCAAACCUCCAACGUUGCUGAAAUGUUCGUGGAAGCUGAUUAUGGUGCUCAUGAUAAUGAGGGUCUUCACAAGAAGGGCACAAUAAGUGCACAACAAUAUUGGAGUUGUGAGGACGAGGCCUAUUUGCCCCACUCUACAUGGUUGAAGCCUGAUUAUUACACCCAUGAUCACUUGCAUUCCAAAUCCUCCAUGGACCCACUAAAUGCACAACUUCAAUACCAACUUUUGAGCUUUGAUAUGCUCUAGAACAUAAUUACAACCAUCUUUCAUUCCAUGUCCAUUAGAAGCACUCAGAAGUAGCUUUUCCUACUUUCAUUACUUGGAAGAGGGCACCGACUCUACAUGGGUUGAUUUGAAUAAAUUUCUCACCAAAUACUUAUAGCAAAUACAAUAAGCAAGUUAAAUUAAUUAAAUUUCUUUAGUAAGUUGAAAUCAAGUUAUGAUCUUGAUUUUAACUUGUAAAGAAAUUUAAUUUAUUGCAGAAAUUUAUUCAAGUUGACCCAUAUGUAUGUAUAUGAAGUAUGCACUACUAGUAGCAAAUUGAAGGUUAUUACUUUCAAUUAUUUAUUUAUUUUUAUAUGUUGUAUGCACACACAUGUGUAUGUUACAUAUAUGAAAUUUUGGGAUUGAUAUUUUAUCUAGUA